UUCAGUCCUUUAGCAGGGUGGGGGAGCCGGAUGGCAGAGGAGCGCAGAUUCCGACUACAGCGGAGCAGGGUAUGGGAAACGGGCGAGAAGCAUGACUCCAAAUCGCCCCUGUGAUGGUUUCCACCUCGAGGGAAUAAACUAACCGCCUCCGGUUCGGAGAAAUACAGACAUGUGCGGGCACUGAGUGCGAGGAAGACCGCGGGUUUUGACAGGAGGAGGCCCAUGAAGAGGCUCUCUGACGCGCUGGACAGAAAGCUCAGGAAGUCCGGAUUUGGUUUCUUUUGUCCCCCUUAAGGCAGCUCUGACAUUUCUUUGUGAAUUUACAUGCGCGUGAUUACCUCAAAUCGUGAGUUUCUUGUGGAUUUGUGUGAUCUUUUUUCUUCUUCUUCUUUUUUUUUUUUCUUUUUUUUUUUUUUUUUGGUGAACUGAAAGUAGCGGCGCAGCGGAACAUUAUGGCACAAACCAGUAUUCUGGAAUUCAACUUUUGACUCCCGAUCUCUGGUCGGCUCAUCUAUCCAGGAACAGGAGUACUGUGUGCGACACGUCUUUCGUGGGGAUCGUGAACUUUUCGACCUUUCUCUGUAUCAGCAACAAGUUGCAUCGGUUUGCUUUGUUUAUGCAACCGUCGUUCACAGCAACCUUCUGUGCAGUUUUGGAGACUACAUUAUUUCUGGGUUUUGGCGCAGAGUUUGAAUGUGUGAAUGAGAUCUGAGUGAACUGACACACACGCACACACACACCCACACGGAGCUCUGUUGAAGCGGGAUUUGUGGAAGCAGCACCGCAGGGCUGUUUGGGUCAGCGGAUUAAUCCAAUCGGUAACAGCUCUGUCCAGUGACUAGUCUCCCAGAAAGUCCCAGUAAUCAGAGCUAUUUUUAGGGUAAGGGAUGGGGUAAAAGCAGGCAGCAGGAAACCUGACUCCCCCUUACCCUUUUCUCUUCCAAACCUAUUGCACUUGCUCGCUCAGCCCGUCUGGCAAAAUGCAGGGCAAGCCUGGAUAGCACUAUCCGAACCUAAAGCAAGUCAAUGUCUUAAAAGAAAAAAAACUGCAAAUAUUUAUCCCAAAUUUCUACCAUUGGUCUGUUUUUCUGUGGAAACCUAGUGACCAUGUAGCCUUGGUAAUUUGAGAGUUCUAGGAAAGUUUUAUUCUGUAGCCUAAGGCUUCACGGACACAUAAUGCCUCCUCUGGAUUGAAACAAAAAUAAAGUUAAAAAAGAACUAUGCUGUGUGCUAACCUGGACUAAACGAACAUAUCAGAAGCAACUAAAGACUAUGCCUUCAUACCUUGUUUGCUCUAAUUCUUAAUCACGCUAGAAUAGCAGAACUUUGUUUUCCUGACUACCUGAUAGACACCAGCGAUCUGGAAGCUCCAGCCUGCAGACAGAAUGCAUGAAACUGCCAACUCCACCACAAAAAGCUAAACCUAUAAGCCAAAUAUUUUAUUUCCCUAUAGUUCCCAAAUCCACAGAGAAACAAUAUAUAUGUAGAGUGAGAGAUCUAUAUCUAUAGUGUAAAUCCACGUAAAGCAGAGAUUACAUCGUUUAUAUUUUUACUUCAGAGAGACAAGCUGCCUGUACACCUGUUGGUUGCCUUAGAAAUAAGUCACAAGCAAACCGGGAGAGGAGAAAAACAAGCCAGAGAAGAAGGUGCCUUUGGACUGGUUGAACAGUUUCCCACCAUUUCAAACUUGAGAUGUUUAGUUGGAUGUGAAGUGUUGAAGUGAACUCUGGGAUUGGAAGACUGACUCUGCCCUCCAAGUCCUGCCUGCCUGUCUGUCUGUCUGUCAGAGCAUUUCCACUGACAGUAUUUCUCAUCUGGAUUGAACAUUUGCCAAUCUUUCCCAUGGUUGUCACGUCAUCAUCAGUGGACGACAAGACUGUACCUUCAUGCAGGAUGGUCCAAUCGGAGCCUUGGAUCACCUCUACUCUGCUUCGUAAGAACAAAAGUGCAAGCAGCUCAGGAUGUCCGCCCACCUCCUCCUCCUCCUCCUCCACCUCCUCCUCCUCCUCCUCCGCUGCCCAGGGCUUCUCCCUCGCUGAGCCAGCCAUGACCAGCCAGCACACACACACACACCCCUCCUUCAGCUCCAUUCACUCCAUGGCCGAGCAGCAGCAGGUGCUGUCUGAUAUGACCAUACUCCAGCGGAGGAUCCCCCCUAGUUUCAGAGACCCUGCUAGCGCCCCAUUGAGGAAACUCUCAGUUGACCUUAUCAAAACUUACAAGCACAUCAAUGAGGUAUACUAUACAAAGAAGAAGCGGCGGGCCCAGCAAGUCCCUCCUGAGGAUAGCAGCACGAAAAAGGAGAAAAAAAUUUACAAUGAUGGCUAUGAUGACGACAACUAUGAUUACAUAGUGAAAAAUGGAGAAAAGUGGCUGGACCGCUAUGAGAUCGACUCACUUAUUGGGAAGGGCUCCUUUGGACAGGUAGUGAAGGCCUACGACCACCAUGAGCAGGAGUGGGUUGCCAUUAAAAUCAUCAAGAACAAAAAGGCUUUUCUAAACCAGGCACAGAUCGAACUACGCCUGCUGGAGCUUAUGAACAAGCAUGACACUGAAAUGAAAUAUUACAUUGUCCACCUGAAGCGUCACUUUAUGUUUAGGAACCAUCUGUGUUUGGUGUUUGAGUUGUUGAGCUACAACCUGUAUGAUCUCCUGAGGAACACCAACUUCAGAGGAGUUUCCCUCAACCUCACCAGGAAGUUUGCACAGCAGCUCUGUACAGCAUUAUUAUUCCUGGCCACUCCAGAGCUGUCAAUCAUUCACUGCGACCUGAAACCAGAGAACAUCCUCCUGUGUAACCCCAAAAGAUCUGCAAUCAAGAUAGUGGACUUUGGAUCCUCCUGCCAGCUGGGCCAGAGGAUCUAUCAGUACAUACAGAGCAGGUUCUACCGCUCUCCUGAGGUCCUCUUGGGGAUGCCAUAUGACCUGGCUAUCGACAUGUGGUCCCUCGGAUGCAUCCUUGUAGAGAUGCACACAGGAGAGCCCCUCUUCAGUGGCUCCAACGAGGUUGACCAGAUGAAUAAAAUUGUGGAGGUUUUGGGAGUUCCACCCAGCCACAUGCUGGAUGCAGCUCCUAAAGCCAGGAAGUACUUUGACAAGCUGUCAGACGGCUUAUGGACGGUGAAGAAGAACAAGGACGUGAAGAAGGAAUACAAGCCUCCAGCUACACGCCGUCUUCAUGAGAUUUUAGGUGUAGAGACUGGGGGUCCAGGGGGGCGCAGGGCAGGAGAGCCAGGACAUGCCCCCUGUGACUACCUGAAGUUUAAAGAUCUGAUCUUGCGCAUGCUGGACUACGACCCUAAAAGCAGAAUCACGCCAUUUUAUGCCCUCCAGCACAAUUUCUUUAAGAAAACGACAGAUGAAGGAACGAACACAAGCUCAUCUACAUCCACCUCUCCUGCCAUGGACCACUCCCAUUCAACCUCCACUACUAGCUCUGUUUCUAGCUCUGGUGGCUCCAGUGGUUCUUCCAACGACAACCGUAACUACCGUUACAGCAACCGCUACUACAACUCUGCUGUCACCCACUCAGACUAUGAGAUGACCAGUCCUCAGGCUCCCUCCCAGCAACAGAUGAGGAUGUGGCCAGGCAGUGAUGGUGGAAGUGGGGGUCAGGACCCAGCAUACACCCAGUUGCUGCUCCAUAAACCAGCUGCCACCCAGCAACACCAGCGCCACUUUUUGGACCCGCCUCACCAUCCACACCCGACUUACUCUCACCACGGAAAUGGUGGGCGUGGACUACGGCAGGGCGGCCAGACGGGCCUGGGUGGAGGCGGCGGUCAGCAGGGAUCCUCUCCCCAGAUGAGUGACAGCAUGGAUGUGGGCGUGUCCCUAGGGCUGCACCACCUGGGGGCGGUGUCUUCCAUGGAGGCCUCUCAGUUUGGCUCUGCAUCUCUGCCCCUCGCUCUGCCAAUCGGACUGUCCGCCUUCCGGACUCGGACGGCCCCCACAGCCCCAGGGCCGCAAGCCCCGCCCCCAGAGGACUACUACCCUGCCUCCAACAACAAUAACCCUGCUGCGGGGGGCAGAGGGAGGCCAGACUCAGACGAAGGGCCAGCCAACUCUUGAUAAAACCUGAACCACGCCCUAAAGCCAUACAAUUUUAACUCCAACUACUACGAAUACACACACACAGCCAGAGUUCAGAGACAAACUGGUGAAUCUGGAGCUGGAGGAGACAAUUUCUUCUGCAUGGGAGGAGGAGAAAGGAGGAGAAGGAUGCGGGGAAUACUUUGCUUUGGUCCUGCUUUUGUUUGUUGUCGUUACGACUGUAAUUUGAAAGGAAUGAUUGACAAGUGUGUUUUUACAGAUAUUCUUGAUUAAUAUUAUUUGAUUUUCUAAGGUUUGAGGAGUUUUGUGUUCUGUUUUGUAAACUCUGGAGAGGAGCGAAAGGAUAAAAAGGGGCCUGGUUUUCCACUCCACUCCACACUGAGGCUGGAGCAUCCUUCUUCACAAUGUUCACUUUACUGUAGUCACAUUUACAUGUCCUGGUCAUCAGCAGCAUUAACACACACACACACACACACACACACACACACACAGCUGUUUCUGUCAUCUGGAAAAUGGCCUACCCAUUUCCAGAACCCAACCAGUUCAGCUGACCACUUUAAUGUUAUCUCUGCAUUAGAAGACACCUGAAGUUGAUGUCAUUACGCAGACGUACAUUGUGUGUGUGCAUGUGUGUGUGUGCGUGCAUCGGGACAGAAACGCAUGUGUGAGAGAGAAAAGGCCGACAUAUUCAGGACUUAAUGUGUUGCUGUCAGCCUGACGUUGCGGCUGGCCUGGCGGUGCUUGAGGCAGGCGGAGAAGCUGACGGGACAGUGACGCCUCCCAAGUCAAACGGAUCAUCUUCUCUUCCUCAUUCUUUCCUGCACUCUUCUUCAUCUCCUUCUUCUCCUGUUGUGUUUCUCCUCCAGACAGCUCCUCCUCUCUGUGCUGCUAAUCACCAUGACAACUGGUCUGGAUUGCUGCUAAAGAUCCAACACAGAUCAAUAAAGAAAUGAAAUAAAAACAAAUAGAAACAGAAAUGAAAAACUUUUUAACCCUUGUGCUUAAGAAAAAAGGAUGAAGUAAGAACCACUGCAUCUCAAUGUAUUUAUUACUAUUUAACAAAAAAAACAAACUGAAAGUAACAUUUUUUUUCUGCUCUUCUUUGUUUGGUUGCCUUCUUUCUGCAGGUAAGCUCUGAUUGGCUAUUGUAACAGUGACAGUGACUGGUGACAUGGGAAUGUCGCUGGUUGUGGGGGCUGGGUGAAGGGGAAGGGUCGGGGCAAAAUAAAGUUGGAUAUAUAAUACGAAUAAAGAGUAUACUUUUGCACACCAAAGUCAA